AACCUCCAUCUCCACUUCCCUCUCUUCAUACACCAUAUCAAAAGCCCACCAACACCCAUCAUGCCUGAACCAGAUAAGCACGCCGCUGCACAACAAGCUGUAGAUAUUCUCCAUGAGAUCUCUACUAUCCUAAACUGUCACCUUGAUCGCCGAACUCUAUCAAUCUGCAUCUCUAUGAUUGAGCGCGGAGUGAACCCAGAGGCUUUAGCGCAAGUUAUCAAGGAACUCAGACAAGAGGCCCAGCAACCUGCAGCCGCGGCAGGACGACGUUAAGUGAGCGGAAUGAACUCUAUACAGAGAUUUGACACGAAUUGAAUUUGGAAUUAUGGAAAUAUUGCCUCGGUAGGCGUUCAUAGGGAAAUGCUUUCACUUAACCGGCGCAAUUAAGACUCUGCCAGAAUAGAGAUUUUGUUGCACUCAUGCCCUAGGUACAUACUCAAACAAUCAUGCUACCUUACUUUGUGUCCGUUGAAUCUUAUUAAAAAACCCAAGAUCAACGCAGAAUAAUAAGCGCCCAAGAUGCAAACCACCAACCUAGUCACAUCCCUUCGUACACAUAUAGUCAGUCAGUAGCCUCCAAGUGGUAUUC